AUGUACUCAUCCUGUUCUGCUUCUAGGCGCAAGACGCAGUCUGCGCAGACAGCUUCAAGCAAGUUUAAGCAAGACUUCAGUGGCGGUUUGGCGAUUGCCGUGGUGGAUCUUACCUCAGCCAGUGUGAAGCAUGUUGAGAAGAGAGGAUUUGAGAUCAACACUCCAUUCAAAAACUUCUGCUUCACAGCGGAGUCGGAGCACGAGCGGGACGAGUGGGUGGAGGCGGUGCAGGAGUGUAUCGUGGAGACUCUCUCCGAUUAUGAGGUGGCCGAGAAGAUCUGGUACAACGAGGCCAACCGCAACUGCGCUGACUGCCGCGCCCCCAAUCCCGAGUGGGCCUCCAUCAACCUGGUGGUGGUCAUCUGCAAGAAGUGUGCCGCUCAGCACCGCUUCCUGGGCCCCGGCAUCUCCCAGGUCAGGAGCCUGAAGCUGGACAGCAGCAUCUGGAGCAACGAGCUGGUGGAGCUCUUUCUGGAGGUGGGGAACAAGAACGCCAACAGCUUCUGGGCGGCCACCCUGACCCCGGAGGACGAGCUCCAGAUGGGGGCGUCGGCCGAGCAGCGGGCCACCUUCCACCGGCGGAAGUACCGCGAGAGGAAGUUCCGGCGCGUGCUGGAGGCCCUCGGCAGACAGGCUGACCUCAACAAGGCCCUGUGCGCAGCGGUGGUGCUUCCUGACGUGCUGCGGACCAUGGCUGUGGUGUUCACCGGGGCAGACGUCAUGUGCGCCACGGGGGACCCAGUCCACUCCACACCCUACCUGCUGGCCCAGAGGGCUGGACAGAGGUUGCAGAUGGAGUUCCUCUAUCACAACAAGCUCUCAGACUUCCCGAAGCUGGAGCAGGUGUGUGAGGGGAGUUGUCCGGCUGACAUUCCCUCCUUCAUGGAUGGCUUCCUCUACUGUUCCAUCACCACCGCCUCCAAGGCCACACUGGACAGGAGAGGCAGGGAUGACAUGGUCCGGCGCUGGUGCACGCUGGAGGGUGGCUUCCUCAGUUACUAUGAAAGCGAGAAGAUUGCCAUGGCGACAGGCAGGGUGGAAAUAAGCGAGAUGACCAACCUGGCAGUCAACCGCCACGAGACCAUGACUGGAGCCGGGGCGGUGUUUACAUUUGAAAUGUACCUGCUAACUGAGAAAGUGCUGGUGUUUGGAGCUGAAACUGCAGAGACGCAUAGGGACUGGGCCCGGGCUGUCUCUAAGUGUUUCUUGCCAGCUGAGGCGGAAUCCAUCCUGAUGCGGGACUGCGAGCUGAUUGGCCAGCUGUACUAUAAGGAAGGUCAUGACCUUUACCACUGGCGGGUGGGCUGGUUCGCCCUGGAGGGGUCGGAUUUGUACUUCUGCUCUCCGGAGGGGCAGGCAGAGGAGGGGGUGCUGCAGCUGAAACGCCUGCAGGAGAUCACGGUGUCUACACAUGUUGAAGGUGAAGAAAGAAUCCAGGUGCUGCUGAUGGUGGAGGGUGGAAGGACGGUGUACAUCCAUGGCCACACCCGUCUGGACUUCACUCUCUGGCACUCGGCCAUUCAGCAGGCUGCGGGCACAGACGGCCGGGCGCUAGGCAACCAACAGCUCAGCAAGAACGACAUUCCCAUCGUGGUGGACAGCUGUAUCGCUUUCAUCACGCAGUACGGCCUAUGUCACGAGGGCAUCUACCAGAAGAGUGGCGAUGUGGCGCGGGUGGCCCAGCUGCUGGAGGAUUUCAGGCGAGAUGCCCGCAAUGUGAAGCUCCGUGCCCAGGACCACCAGCUGGAGGACGUCACUGACACCCUCAAGGCCUUCCUGGCCCAGAGUGAGGACGCGCUGCUGGCCAAAGAGCUCUACCCCUACUGGGUGUCCGCCCUGGACGAUGAGGACGAGUGGAAUCGUGUGCAGAAGUACUCCACCUUUAUCCAAAGUCUUCCUCAGAUCAACCGCUCCACAUUGGAAGCCCUGCUGCAGCACCUCUACAGGAUCCAGAGCUGCUCCCACAUGAACCAGAUGAGCUCUGAGCAUCUAGCGUGCGUCCUCUCCUCAUGCCUGUUCCAGACGGAGGGCCAUCGGGAGCAGGAGGGCCGCGUGGUGCAGGACCUCAUCAGCAACUAUGUGCAGCUCUUCGCCGUCAAUGAGGAGCAGGUCAAGCAAAUGGAGAAGGAGAACAGCUUCAUCACCAGGUGGAAGGACACCACAUUUUCUCCAGCAGGGGAUCUUAUCUUUGAAGUUUACCUGGAAAAAAAGGAGCCAGAGACCUGCCGCAUAGUCAAGGUUUCUCCCACAAUGCACUCUGCCGAGCUGGCCAGCUGCACCCUGGGAAUGAGUGGCCUGAAGGGGACAGAUGAGGACCUGUGGAUUACUUAUGAGGUCCUUGACAAUGGAGAGCUGGAACGACCCCUGCACUACAAAGAGAAGAUUCUGGAACAGGUCUUAGAGUGGAGCUCCUUGGAAGACCCCGGCUCUGCGUUUCUGAUCGUCAAGAAGUUUCCAGGCACCAAGCUUCCCCCAGCCCGUGCAGAGAGACUGAAGGACUCAAUGAAGGGGGAGCAGGUGAAGUUCAAAGACGGAUCCUCCAAGCUGCUUUCAAGCAACAAGUUCCAGGACCGCUACCUGAUGCUCCGAGACAAGAAGCUUAUCCUGUACAAAGACAUGAAAAGCACUAAGCCAGAGAGAGAGGUGCCUUUGAAGUCUGUGAAGUGCUACCUGGGCGUGAGGAAGAAGGUGAAGCCGCCAAACAGUUGGGGCUUCACAGUGUUUACGGAAAAACAGCAAUGGUAUUUCUGCUGUGACAGCAAAGAGUCUCGGCAGGACUGGGUCACCUGUAUUAUUCGAUCAAAGCAUGGUAGCGACCUUUGGCCCAAAGACGGGGUGGAGUGGGGAGCGGUGUGCCCCUCUGGCACCAUGCAGCGAGUCGCGCCGGCCAUCAGAAGAGGGUCUACCCAAACCGUGACCCAAGGCCCAGCGGAGACAAAGAGGAAGGCAUCCCUCGAUAUUUACCGUGGGGACACGAAACCAAACCUUCCAAUGGAAACCAUUCACCAACGCAAUGCUGCUCUCAUAGCAAAGUCACUGAAACAGAAGGAGGCGCCUGGUGUUGGAGCCCAAAUGGCUGCCCAUGGAACAAACCAAACUCACCCUAAGCACAAAACGGCUGCCAAAGAAACAAACCAGUCUGAGUUAACCAGCAAAAUGGAGUUUGGUGGGAAAAUCCAGACUGACCCUGCACGAAAGACAGAAGGUGUUCGACCAAGCCUGCCUGAGCCAAGAAACAAAAUGGUGGGCGGUAGAACACAGCAACCAAACUCUAAACCUCGAAUUCCAGCCGUCGGAGGCCACCAACCAGUGACCAACCUAAGACCAACCAAAAUGACUGCAGCCAAGGUACAGCAGCUCGAGUCAAAGCAUGACUUGUCCCCUACUGGAGCUCCCAGAGCUCCAUUGCCUUUCACAGGGGCAAUGCCUCCUGGCCUUGCCCUGCAGAAGAAGGCCAAACUGGGGACAGGUGGAGGGCAGCUACCCCCUAACCUCCUCAACGAACUCAGCACGGUCCUCAGCAAGUCAGGCCGCAGUCAAAAGGAUGAGAGUUGAACCAAAGAGCAGUGGGAAGAGGAGAGAGUGAUUGAGUAAAACGAGUGAUUCUGUAAAUGAGUGGGUAAAUUAGUCAUCGAGUGUGUGCUGUACUAACAUUAGACUUUGAACUUUUUUAACUACAUGUGUACGUUGCCAAAGGUUCCUGAUAUUUGUGUUUUAAUAAUAUUAUUUAUAGCCCGUGAUCAAUUUAGUAUGCUUUGUUUAUGUUUUCUUUUCUUUGUUUUUACCUGAGAUUGUGUGUAUUAGUUGAUCAAGCUACAUGUAUCUCCACAGACCAAAAAGCUACAGGGAAAUAUGACAGUGAAUAUAAAGAUGUAUUUUUGGAUGUGAAUGGAAUUGUCAGGAUUUGAAGGGAGUUUUGUAACAUUGUGUGAGUGUGUGUAUGUGUGUUUGUUUGUAUUGCACCCUUGUGUGUUUAUGUGUCUUGCAUGAUUCCCUUGGCUGUCUGUGACGAAAACAAACCUCAGGUUACACACUACUCUUAAGGCAGUGCAUUUGUUGUAAGUACGUUUGAAGCCCACAGCGCAAUCUCUCUCUCUCUCUCUCUUUAUAUAUAUAUAUACACAGUAUAUAUAUAUAGGUAUGUAUAGUGUAAGCACUUGUCUCACAGUGAGAGUAUUGCAGCCAGACAGUAGAUGUCCAGUUUAUUAUAUGUAUGUAUAUAUCAUGACACAUCCAGUAUAUUUCAGAGAAAGGGUUUAUAUACCUCAAGGAUUAUGAUGAUCAAAAACAUCACUUCAAUCCUUCUCUUCAUGAUAAACAGGGAGUUGGGCUCCAUCUGUUGCUUCAUCUGCUGUGUACAACAGAUUCUCCACAUUCAAAUACACAGUCUUUGGUCUCUAUGCCUUUCGGAGUUGGUGAUUGUUGAUUUAAAAUGCUGGGAAAUCCAACUGGAGAUGUAUCCAAUUCAUUGACUCCUUCAGUGAAUGGGAUUCCAAUUAAACUCUUAGACUGAUGGAGUUGACCUCGUCAUAUUACUGCCAUUUGUUUUGGUCAUCCCAUUUUUGGUGUAUGGGAUAAUGGAACAUGAUGGCAUUAGAUCAGUGCAUGUUAGCGCGUUGCAAUAGAAUGCCUUAUUGAUUCCCAUCAUUUCAAUAAACACCUCCUGCUGUUAUUUCAGAGGGGAGAUUCUAAAUGGGCACUUACUCUGGUUGUUAUGUUUGGUUUAAAAUCCAGUCUCUCAGUCUAUGCAAAUAAAGUACAGGCUAAUGUCGUUUCCAAAAA